GCUGAUGUUAAUUUGAAAGUGUUAGCAUUUUAACAAAAACAGGUGGAUAAUAGUAAUGAGCAGUUCAAGAAAUAUUUCAGGGUCUAAGAUAAAAAAGAAUAAGUCCAAAACAGAUGUUAAGCUUAUCUUGAACACAAAUCAAAAAAGAGAUUUGCUGGAGGCUUUUAAACUUCUUGACAAAGAAGGAUCUGGAUUAAUUACAGGAAGAGAACUAAAGGUGGCCCUCAGAGCUUUGGGUUUUGAUCCCACAGCUGCUGAUAUUAGACAGCUCGUUUUGGAACAUGACCCUGAUAAUAAAGGUUUAAUCGACUUCAAGGGAUUUUUGGAAAUUAUGACGCUGAAAAUGACUGAAAAAAGCGAGAAGGCAGAUCUUAUAAAGGCUUUUAGGAUAUGCGACGAUGACGAUUCGGGGAAGCUGACACUUUCAAAGCUAAAACGUGCUGCGCAACUGCUUGGAGAGGACAUAAAUGAUGAGAGCUACAGGAAAUGAUUGAUGAAGCUGAUAAAGAUGGCGAUGGAGAGGUCAGUGAAGAAGAAUUCUUAUGGAUUAUGCGUAAAACAAAUAUUUUUUAAACACUUUUAUAUUAUUUGUAUAUUAUUCGAAAUUAAAACAGCCGAAAUUAUGAAAAUAAUUGAAAUAUAACUGACAUUAGUGGGAUAGACUAAAAGUUUAUUUUGUAAAAUAAUCCCUUUUUGUACACUUAUUUUGAAUUAACUGGAAUUUUCGAAAUUAAAAGAACCUGUUUCAAAAUCAUUGAACAUUGGAACGAUCAUUUCUUUAAAUUAUCUAAUUACCAUGUUUCAUGGUGGUUUUAAAUUUAAAUUUCUUAGUAAUCAUGUUAAGAAUGAAUGAAAGUAAUAUUUUUAUAUUUUUAUCAUUACAAUUAAUGUAUUCAAUUACAAUUUUGGCUUAUAUUGUAAAGACGCUUAAUGGUCAUUUUUGUAAGAAGCAUUUUUUAGGAUAAAUAAAACUUAAC